AUGGAGUUUAAUCUAACUACGUAUUUUAAUGCAUUUGACGUAGAUAAAGAUUAUGAAUUAAAUUUUUCAGACUUGAAUAAUAAAUUAGAAAGCAUAACUGAAUUAUUAGCAAAUAAUCCUGAAUCAGUAAAUCAUAAUGAAGAAUUAAUGGAAGAUUUAAUUGAGUUAAGUCAUGGUUAUACGCAUUUAAAUGAGAAACAACAGAAACAAUUAACAUAUUUAAUAACUUCAUCAUUUAGUGCAGUUGGUCAACAAAUAUUAAAUCAAAUAAAUAAUGAAGAAUUUCUUGAACAUAUCAAUUAUUAUAAAGAUAUACUUGAAAAAUAUGGUUAUUUAACAUUUGUUGUCUUAAAAUAUAUCAGUAAAGAAGAUUUUUCAGUUAUUGGAAAUGCAAAAAGUCAAAAAUCAAUACCCAGAGAAACUCUUGCAAAAUGGAAAAGUAAUUGUGCAGAAGUUGAAUAUUUCUUAACUUGCAUUUUGGUCAUUUUAAAAAUUGAUUUAAGUAAAAUAUUUGUCACUAAUUCUGAAAGAAAUGCAUAUUUGGAGUUGUUUUCAAGACCGGUUAUAAAUUUAAUGGAAUCACCAGAAAGAAUGAAGAUACAAGGAAUUAAAUUAAUGAUUUUUGAAUUACUUUGUGUAUUAGUUACAAAACAUGGCCAUGGGAAGAUGAUUCAGCAUUCUAUAAUUCAAUGUUUGACUUAUUAUGCACAUUUACCACAAUAUAUGGCUGCAUUAUUACAUAAAAUGUCCGAAGAAUAUCAACAUACAUCAUUAACUGAAGAAGUAUUAAGAGAAAUUGCCCAAACUCAAUUCAGUGCAAAUGAUAAUAAUGGUCCUAAAGCAAUAUCAGAAUUUUUAAUUAAAUUAUCAGAACGUAGUCCAAAAUUAGUAUUGAAACAAAUGAUUGGGAUUCAACAACUACUAGAUAAUAGUAAUCAAGCUUUACGUUGUUCAGUUGUUGAAACUUGUGGUAAUAUAGUUGUUGAUAUUUUGAGAAAUGGUCAAAAUUCAAGUGAAAAUGAAGAAGUUCAUAAUUAUGAACACCAAGUCGGAGUAUUGUUAGAUUUAUUAGAGCAAAGGUUUUUGGAUCAGAACCCCUUUGUAAGAUCUAGGGCAAUUCAAGCAUUGACUAAAGUUGCUGAACUUGAUAUUAAAUUGACUCAAAGAAGACAGAAAUUUUUAUUAUUGGCAGUCAAGUUUUUAAAUGAUAGAAGUAUGUACGUUAGACGUAAUGCAAUUAAAUUGAUCAUUAAAUUGAUUAUGAAACAUCAAUUUCAAUCAGUUCAUGGAAGUCAAUUAGAUUUAGAACCUUGGAAAAUAAGAUUGGAAGAAGCUGAAAAGGAAUUAUUACAAUAUCUACCAAAAAAUACUACAGACGGGCAAGAAGAAGAAGAUAAAGAAGAAGAAGAUAAAGAAGAAGAAGAUAAAGAAGAUAAAGAAGAAAUAGAAGAAAAAGAAGAUAAAGAAGAAGAAGAAGACAAAGAAGUUUCAGAUGACCAAGCUGAAGUUAAAGAUGACGAUGAUAUGGAUGUUGAUGAAGAAGAUAAAGAUUUGGAUGAGGAGGAUUCUAAAUCAGAUGAACUUAAUGAAGAUGUGGAUAUGAAUAAGGAUGACAAUAAUGAGCAGAAUAAUGAUAAUGACAGUAAUGAUAAUGAUGCAAAUAUACCUAAUGAAUCUAAUUUACCAGAUAGAACCGUUUUAGCAAGAGCACAAUUAAAAGCUAAAUAUUAUAGAGAUGCAGUUAAUUUCAUUGAAGCAAUUAUGGAAGGUACUGAAAUUGUUUCAAAAUUAUUAUUUUCCAAAAAUAGAAAUGAAGCUAUUGAAUCAAUGGAUUUUCUAGUGUUGGCAGAUGCGUAUGGUAUUAAUAAUGCUUCUCAAGGUAUUAGAAAAAUGUUACAUUUAGUUUGGACAAAAGGUUCAACAGAUGAAGGUAAAUCAGUAGCCUCACAUUUAAUUGAUUGUUAUAGAUCAUUAUAUUUGACAACACCUGAUUCGGCGUCAAGAUUAGAUAAAGCUACACAUAUAGCUAAGAAUUUGAUACUGUUAACUUUUGAUGCUUCAUUAGCUGAUUUGGCUUCAUUAGAGAAGUUAUUAGGUUUGAUGUAUGAAGGUAAUUAUAUUCAUAGUGAAGUUAUUAAUGUUUUAUGGCAAAUUUAUUCAUUAAAUAUAACAGACAAACUGGACGAAGUUAAACAAGAAUUGAUGAGACAAAAAAGAGGUGCAAUUAUAAUAUUAGGAAUGUUUGCACUUGAAGAUCAUUAUAUUAGUUUGAAUAAUAUUGAUGCAUUGUUGAAAAUAGGUUUGGGUGAAAUAGGUAAAUCAGAUUUAAUUUUGUGCUCGUACACAUGUAUAGCUCUACAAAGGAUUAAGAACAAGAAAAACCCUGAAACAAAGAUAAGGCAAGAGAUUCAAGUAAUGGAUAAAAUCAAAGAAAUCUUAGUUGAAUAUAAUGAACAACCUGAAUAUUAUUUAGUUGCAGAACAAGCCAUUAGUGCAAUUUUCCAAUCUUCAUCAAAUCCGGAAGAAGUAUGUUCAAAAAUAAUAAAGGAGAAAACAAUGUUAGUAUUCAAUGGAGAUUCAGAUUCUCAAAGUGAUGCAUUAUCACAAUUAUUAUUCUUAGUUGGUCAUGUAGCUAUUAAAAUGAUUGUUUAUCUCGAACAACUUGAAAAUCAAUUUAAAAAGAAGAAAAAUUCUGCUGAUUCAGCUAAUCCUGGUGAAAACCAAGAUAAAGAUACUACUCAAGAAAAUGAGUUAGAAAUGAUUGGAGGGACCACCGAAGAUGAUUUUACAGAUGCUGUUGUACAUGUAAAAGAAAAGGAAUUAUUAUAUGGAGAAAAUUCUUUAUUAGCAAGAUUUGGACCAUUAGUAAAGGAAGUAAUUUUGCAAAAGAAUUUUAAUAUUAAAUUACAAAGAUCGGCAGUUUUAUGUAUGGUUAAGUUGAUGUGUAUUUCAUCAAUUUAUUGUGAAGAUAACUUACCUUUAUUAUUAAAAUUAUUGGAAACUCAUAAAGAUCCAAUAAUUAGAUGUAAUUGUGUUUUAGGAUUAGGUGACAUGGCUGUUUGUUUUAAUAAUAUAGUUGAUGAGAAUACUGAUUUUAUAUAUAGAAGAUUAACUGAUGAUUCAAUAAUGGUUCAACGUACAUGUUUAAUGACGGUUACAUUUUUGAUUUUGGCUGGUCAAGUUAAAGUUAAAGGUCAAUUAUCUUCAAUGGCUAAAUGUUUAGAACAUCCAGACCAGGGUAUUAGUGAUAUGUGUAAAUUAUUCUUUACUGAAUUGGCAGCUAAAGAUAAUGCAAUUUAUAAUGGAUUUAUUGAUAUUUUUAGUGGAUUAUCAAAUGAUGAUACUUUACCAAAGGUUGAAAUGAAAAGUAUUAUCAAGUUCUUAAUUACUUUCAUUGAUAAAGAGAAACAUCAAAAACAAUUGAGUGAUAAAUUAUUAAUUAGAUUAAAUAAAUGUCAAUCAAAACAUGAAUGGGAUGAUGUUGCAUAUGUAUUAACUACAAUUCCAUAUACAAAUGAGAAUAUAGCAGAAGCAUUGAAAGGUGGUUAUAAAAUUGUUGAAUCUAGGGAAUAA